AUGGUUCAAUUCAUUCCCGGCGGCCGCUUAGUGGAAUCAUUUAUUGAGCGGCAAGCGCGGGUGAAUGCUGCAUGUUCCUCACUUAUCGAUAUGGGUUACAGUUCCGAUCUGUUUACCAUCAACAAUCUCUAUGAAAAUGGGUACACCGACGAUCACUUCCUCGACUUUAUCAAACCAAUUUCUUCCAUCACAGAUCUCGACGAGUUAAGGUAUCUUUCCAAAGCAACUAAUCAAUUUUCAACUCGGAAUGAUUUCAGCCGGUUAAUCGACCAUAUGGAGUGGCUACAGAAUGAUGUAGAAGGUAUGAAAGUUAUGGAGGACGUAACAACAAGAAUAUUAAAGAAACAAGAAAAGAAGAAGGAAAUAUCAACGUCUGAUGUUUCUGGUGACAAUAUUACCGUCCACCAUUUACUUCAGUUUCUGGUGCAGAGUUGA